CCAAGCAGGUCGAGCCCAUUUGGACUCGCUCGUCUUCUCCCCUCUCCACCUCGCUCCCCCGCCGAUGGCGUCCGACUCCGAGUCGCCGGCGGCGGCGGCGGCGCCGGCGAAGUUACCGGCCACGCCGCUGGCGGGGUUCGUUUCGCUCCUCGCCGCGCGCCGCUUCGCGGCCGCUAAGUCGCUACUCGCCUCCCUCGUCACGCCCCGCCUGCUCGCCGUCCCCUUCGCCGACCUGGCCGCCGCCUCCCUCCCUCGCGCCGCGCCGCGGCACGCCGUCACUGCCUUCUACGACAUGCUCUUCCGCGCCUACGCGGACUCGGGCGCCGCCGCUCGCGCCGCCGAGGCCUUCGAGCUAACCGUAUCCCGCCUCGGGGGGCUUGACCCCCGCUCCCUCACCUCCUCCCUCCUCUCGCUCCGGCGAGCAGGCCACCUCGACACCGCCGCCGACCUCCUCAAACAGGCUGCCACUUCUUGUCCUGACUCCGUCACGCCUCUCUCGGCGUCUGUCGUCGUCGACGGAUACUGCAAGUCUGGCCGCGUCGCCCACGCCCGCCAGCUGCUCGACGAAAUGCCUCGACACGGCGUGAAGGUUAACGCCUUGUGCUAUAACUCGCUGCUAGACGCAUACACGCGCGAAAAAGAUGAUGAUCGGGUGGCAGAGAUGCUAAAGGUAAUGGAAAAUGAAGGCAUUGAGCCAACAGUCGGGACAUAUACAAUCCUCGUCGAUGGUUUAUCGGCAGCCAGAGAUAUCACCAAGGUUGAGGCUGUGUUUGAAGAGAUGAAGAGUAAGAAUCUCUCAGGGGAUGUCUACUUCUAUUCUUCAGUCAUCAACGCAUACUGCCGUGCAGGGAAUGUGCGGAGGGCAUCGGAGGUGUUUGAUGAAUGUGUUGGGAAUGGCAUUGAGCCAAACGAGCAUACGUAUGGAGCAUUGAUCAAUGGGUUCUGCAAGAUUGGGCAGAUGGAGGCUGCAGAGAUGUUGGUGACAGAUAUGCAAGUUCGAGGGGUGGGAAUUAACCAAAUUGUUUUCAAUACAAUGAUUGAUGGGUAUUGUCGGAAAAAUAUGGUGGACAAGGCUCUUGAAAUAAAGAUGAUCAUGGAGAAGAUGGGCAUCGAGCUGGAUGUGUAUACAUACAACACACUAGCAUGUGGCCUCCGCAGGGCGAAUAGAAUGGAUGAGGCCAAGAAUCUAUUGCGUAUCAUGAUUGAGAAGGGUGUCAGGCCAAACCAUGUAAGCUACACUACGUUGAUCAGCAUCCAUUGCAAUGAAGGUGACAUGGUCGAGGCAAGAAGGCUGUUUCGAGAGAUGGCAGGAAAUGGGGCAGAACCUAGUCUGGUAACCUACAAUGUUAUGAUGGAUGGGUACAUCAAGAAGGGGAGCAUACGGGAGGCUGAGAGGUUCAAAAAUGAGAUGGAAAAGAAAGGGCUUGUUCCAGACAUAUACUCUUAUGCAGCGUUAGUCCAUGGGCACUGUGUCAAUGGGAAGGUGGAUGUGGCAUUGAGGCUGUUUGAAGAGAUGAAGCAGAGGGGGUCUAAACCCAACUUGGUGGCAUAUACUGCUCUGAUAUCCGGCCUGGCCAAGGAAGGAAGAUCAGAGGAGGCAUUCCAGUUGUACGACAAUAUGCUGGGAGAUGGAUUGACCCCAGAUGAUGCUCUGUAUUCUGCACUUGUAGGGAGCCUUCACACGGAUAAAAAGCAAAAUGUUAAACCACGAACAAAUUAAGCUCUUUGGGGCGGCAGUGUAAGUCGUGCCAGCUGAACUGAAUACCAGGAUGAAGUACUCAGCUUCUCAUACAUGAUAAUGGUGGAUCUGAUAAGUUGUCUCUCAGCAGAAACGCAGCUGUGUGCGGAACGCACAGUGAUUAUAAAUGGAUUGUUCAGCUCAGUUUGGCACUUAACCAUCUAGAUCUACAUGAUUCAGAGCAUGUGCGUGUGUACAACUUGGCUAUGCAGAGCUCUUUUAAUAAUAGAGAGUACAUGGAAUUGUUACAACUCAAGCAAUUCUCACUACGGCAAAUAUAUGUUUUUGUUUGUACAACAGUACUUCAGUUUGCUGGUACUGAUAUACAAACAUGCAGUAGGAAACUUGCAAGUAUGCAUUCGAGUUUGGCACAUGUAUUUUCCAAAACUCAACUUCAUAUAGUUACGGAGCAUUUUCGUGCAAUACAUUGAAUGGAACCAACCGUCUGUAUGGAGCACCAAUUCAUGCUUCCAUUGCAGUUUGUUUUUCCAUAUGAGCAUCGGUAUCAAACUCCUGUGCUGGUUCUCGAGGCUGCGGGGCUUGGUUUGUGUCUUCGUUGCUCUACAACAGAAGCCAAGUCAUUGCAGAUUCAGGACUGGCAGCAAUAGCUCAGUAUAGCACAUCGCACAGGUACUAUUUCUAUGAAACAAACAUAAAGAUGGCAUUAACCUUCUCUAUAUCUGCAAACUGAGUCUGUAAAGUGCCCUUUUCCUCCUGAAUUGCAUACCUGAUUUCCUUCAUUUCCUAGAAUCAUAUGCCAGAACCAUGAGCAGUACGACCUAAGAAUCAGAACAAACAAAGCAAGAAUAUGAAAGAGAAAGAGAGAGACCGAUUUCAGCAGCUCCACUUCAGAAUUUAGCCCCUUCUUCAGCUCCAAAAGUUCCUGCAUGAGUUGCCAUCACCUGCUAUAAGAUGGUCCCGUACGUUUUGCUUCAGGAAAGCAGGAGUCUUUCUUCAGUUCUGUACAGAGAGAUGAUGAAACAGUACUCACAUUCUGGCUUGUCUUGACCUGUGUCUCGAGGUUGGAGCGCCAGUUCUGCACCUCCUGCAAAAGCACUUCUGCUGCUCAUUCUCCAUCAUUUUGCCAUCAAGACAGAGAAAUUCUCCAAUAAUCCAAUUCUAUUCCCAAUCACAGCAGCAACAGAGGCAAAGAAUUUCGCAGUACAAUUCAUACCAGUUUGAGCUUCUGGAUCCUGUCCAGCAACUCCCCCUGCGACGAGGUCAGCUCCUGCAAUCGAAACGAGACACAGGAUAAAAUCAGCCGAAAAUCUCAACGCCAAGAACCAACGCCGCCGCCCAGGAAUUCACCACACCUUGAUGCGCGCGUCCAACUGCUCGAACCCCGCCAAUCUCUACAGAUCAACAAGAACAAGCAUGCAUAAUUGCAUAUCAGCAGAAAUUGAACUCUGAACACAAAAACACCCAGGGAUUCUGAAUUCAGCUGUCAACUGCAUGUACUUACCGGAGGAGUCGCCGGCGCCGGCGCCGGUGCCGUUAGAGGUGGUGGCUCCGCCAUCGAUCAGCAGGAGACAGAUGCAAGCAAACCAGUCGUCGAUCGGGUUGGUGGAUGGAUGCAGAGGGGUAAAUCUCUCGCCUGCAAAAUCGCAAAUGCGACGUGAGAAAACGCCCUGUCAGCUGGUGGUUGCAGAACACUUGUCUCCCGGCUUCAAAGCCAUGCUAUUGCUGCUACCUGACUGACGACUAGUCACUUAAUUGUUCAUACGCCUUUUAUCAUUCAAGAACAUGUGAUCCGCCGCUGGAAAUUGGAACAUAUUAAAUGUCCAACAACACGCUGCAUGCGAUGGUGUUCGACUUGAUUUGACGAUUUGUUUUGUUAAGUAAAACAAAUGCAAUGAUGGCCAAUCAUAUCUGACGUAGUGCUUAAUUAGUGAGGGCCCAACUUGUGAUCUUUUCUUCUUCUUUUUACCAAUGGUUAGUUUGUCUGAAUAUACUACAAAUUACAAUUAUGCA